AUGUCCAAUGUCAUUGAAAGCAUCUCAACAACUUCUAUCAGUGACUGUACCUUCCAACACCAGGAACCGCUGAUCCAUAUCCUUCAUAAUGAGUGCCUUCAACUGGUGAAAAGGCUUCUGUGGCAAUUUUUGAAACCUGAAAUUGCUGAUAACAAUUCAAAGAAGCUACUUCAGUUAGAUGUGCAAAAAAGUGACCAUCAGCUGCCUGACAGCAGGAUGGAAAUUAGGGAACCAACUUGCAAAAUUCUCUCCACACUGCCACCUAGCUACCAGAAAAUUGCGCUGAAGGGAAUGAGGACUUUCCUGCAAACUAGUGCCAUCUACCUACUGAAACAUUUUCCCAUUGGAGAUACAUUUGUUAGGGACUUGACUGUCCUUCAUCCUGAGAUGCGAGAGAUUGAAGCUGGUGACCGCUGGGUUAGAAGAAUAGCGCAGAGCUUACCUCAAGUGUUCAAGGGCGAUCAAGUCCCAAUAGUGGUUGAUGAAUGGAAACUGUACGUACACCACGAGAUUCUACAAGACUGCUACAAGACACAUGACAGUGAAAGUACUCCUAUUGAUCAUUACUGGGACAAAGUAAUUCAAAUGAAAACAUUGUCAGGCACUGAGAUGUUUCCAUAUUUGAAUAAGCUUAUCAAAGCUGUGCUUACUCUUUCCCAUGGCAAUGCUGAUGUUGAGCUGAGCCUGUCAAUCAACAAGCAGGCAAUUGGAGCAAACAGAACAAUCCUAACUCAUGAGUCACUCAAUGGCAUCAGACAAGUCAAAGACGCAGUAACUGCUACAGAUGGGAAGAUCCACAUUAUGGACUUUUCCAAGGAGCUCAUAUCAUGUACUAGAAAGGCUAAUGAUAGAUACAGACAGAGACUGGAAGAGCAGAAAAAAACAAGAAGCUCAGAAGAAUGAAAGGAUUAGAAGAGAAGAAGCUGAAAAGCAUAAGAAAAUAGCAGAGGAGAAGGCAUUUGAAGAGAGAAAACGGAAACUUAAGGACUGAAAAGGAACUGCAGAAGCAGCACGAGGAAAACCAAUCGGAGCUGAAGGCUGCAGAGGCAUUGUUUAGUGAAGCCAACCAGAGAUUAGCUGAUGCAGUUAAGUCCAAAGAUUUUAAGAACAAAGUGGUUGUA